AUGUCAAAUUAAGGUAUGUUAAGGGUCGGAACUUAAGAUUCUUUUUCAAGAAAAAAUCAAUUUAAUUAAUUUCAUACUACUCCCAGCCAUCGCAAAACUUCGUUAACCAAGCCUCUAUCGAUUGAUCAAAUUCCAGACAAUGCAUUAGAAAAAUUUUAUUUGUAUAAGCAAAAAAAGAGUGAUGUGAGAAUGAAACAAUAAUUGAGCAAAUAAAGUUAACGAUCGUCCCAGAACUCCAUCGCCUAAACCAACCAAUUCUUUAUUAAUGCCAAUUUCGUUAGUAAUUAAGGUGGUUAGCAAAAGCGUUCUGGACAAUCCGUAACUAUUGAAGCCAUUGAAUCAGUCAAAAGAACCAUAAAAACAGACAUGGGAAACCCUGCAUCAUUAUUAAACAAAGCAAAAAGCUUAGGUCAGGACGAAUAAAUGCAAUAAGUUAAGCAUCAUAAUGUAGUUGUGAAAUUUGGCAACCAAGACUAUUACUUUUAUUUUGAAGCUCAGUAAGAUUAAAAAGAUAUUAAAUUAGUGCCAAUAUGAAAUCUGUUUGGUUUUAAAUUUUGUAGAGAUUGCAUGACAGUACAUUUGCAAAUCCCCAAGAAUGCUAUGCCAAUCUUAAGGACAAGCCAUCAGUCAAUUAAAUUGUUAGCUUCAUCUCUUAAUAACAUUCAAUACCAAUUGACUAUUAUAUAGCUCAACCAGAAUCGCAAUUCAAUGUCUUCAUGAAUUCUGGUUUAAAGUUGGAGGCCUUCUUUUUACAAGCAUAAUCAGAACCUAAGGUUAGUUUAAAGGAUUUCAUUUUUUUGAAGAACAUCGGUGUAGGAGGUUUCUCUUUAGUUUAUUUGGUUAGAAAAAAAGACACUGGCAAAUUUUAUGCUCUCAAACUCAUUGAUAAAGAAUUCAUCAUAGCUAAGAAAAAGCAGUAGAUUGUAUUGAAUGAACGAAAUAUUAUGACUUUACUUAAUAGUCCAUUCCUAUUACAUUUAUCAUAUGCAUUCGAAUCACGACAAUUCGUAGUUUUUGUUCUAGAGUUUUGUUAAGGUGGAGAACUAUUUUACUAAUUGAAGCAAAUCAAAAGAAUGAGUGAAGAAUAAGCUUGCUUCUAUAUAGCAGAAAUUUGUUUGGUAUGUAUUCCUAUUGAUUUUAAGGGUCUACAUGAAAUUCAUUCGAUGAACAUUCUAUAUAGAGAUAUUAAACCUGAAAAUAUCCUAAUGGACAUAGAAGGACAUGUUAGAAUUGCAGACUUUGGUCUCAGCAAACCAGAAAUAAGCAGAGAUGAAAAAGCCUAUAGUUUUUGUGGAUCUCCUGAAUAUAUGGCUCCUGAAAUGCUCUUGAAAUAAGGACACUCCUAAACAGUUGAUUUUUAUUGUUUAGGUGCCUUGCUUUAUGAAUUACUUACGGGAUUACCUCCUUACUAUUCAACAGAUACAAAUUAAAUAUAUUAAGAUAUUCUCUAUUCAAAAUUAAGUUUUCCUAAUGAUGUAAAAUGAUUCAUUUAAUUCUAGAUAAAUUUAUCAAAGGAUGUGAAAAGUCUGCUGACGCAAUUGUUAGACAAAAACCCAAGCCAAAGAUUAGGAGCUUCUGGAGGAAUAUAAGAGAUCCUUCAACAUUCCUUUUUUGCUUAAAUUGACUUUAAAUUACUAAUGCUUAAAAAGAUUAAACCACCAUUUCGCCCAGAUCCUUUAAAAAUGAAUUUGGACGAAAAGGAAUCAUAAAAAGGAGAAUAAGAUUUUAGGAAAAUGAUUGCUUCAAAUAAAGGUGCAAAUUUGCCUGCUAUAUUUGGGUCAUCAUUUUAUUAUGAAUCUCCCUAAGAGACUUAAAUAAAAUCAGUCUACAAAGAGUGGAUAGCACACACUAAUUUAUAACCAAAUACUCCUUGUAUGGCAUCUUAUCAUAGUUAAGGAAGGUACUUACUUGUUUUUUAAUAAUAUUAGAUCAACUAAAUCGCAGGAUAUAGUCCCUUUAGUUUAAUCCGUCAAGAAUAACCCUAGAUCUCGCUAAAUUUUAAAUUAAAAAUAAUAGUCAUAAAAAGCAGUUGUUUACAAAUCAUCAUUGGAAAAAAUAAAUUAAGAGAGAAGGUUCUUUUCAAAAAUUUGA